ACUUCCCAGUUUCCGGGCUCCGGCCUCUCUCUCUCAAAACCCAAACACUAAAACGUUCUUCUUCAGAUCUCCUUCUCAUCUGCCGGCCGGCGUAUAUACAAACGCAGAGAAGAUGUCAGGUGCUGCACUUGACAUGACACUUGAUGAUCUAAUCAAGAGCAACAAGAAAUCCUCCACCCGUGGUAGAGGCCGUGGCUCUGGUCCUGGCCCCGCUCGCCGCGUCCCCAACCGUACUGCCAAUCGUGCCGCGCCAUAUGCCGUGGCCAAGGCCCCGGAAUCGGCUUGGGGUCAUGACGUGUUCGCUGGAGGUGGUCGAGCUUCUAAUAUUGAGACAGGGACGAAGUUAUACUUAUCGAAUUUGGAUUAUGGCGUCUCUAAUGAGGAUAUUAAGGAACUCUUCUCGGAGGUUGGUGACUUGAAACGGUAUACGAUGCACUAUGAUAGGAGUGGGAGAUCAAAGGGUACUGCCGAAGUAGUCUUCUCAAGACGUCAAGAUGCAUUAGCAGCUGUCAAGAGGUACAAUAAUGUCCAGCUUGAUGGGAAACCGAUGAAAAUAGAGCGUGUUGGAACAAACAUUAACAUUCCCACUGCUGGUCUUCCAUCUACUGGUGCUUUUCGUGAUUCAAAUGUAGCUCCUCGAAGUGCUCAAGGCAGGGGACGUGGGUUUGGUAGGUCACGUGGUGGUGAACGAGGUCGUGGAUUUGGAAGAGGGCGUGGACAAGGAAGAGGUCGUGGUGAGAAAAUAUCUGCUGAAGAUCUAGAUGCUGAUUUAGAGAAAUAUCACACAGAUGCAAUGCAGAUGACUUGAUUGGAUGUACCCGAGUCACUGUUUUGCACCAGCAGCAGUUUCGUGAUGCAAAAUGUUCCUAGUAGUCUACUUUUGCAACAUAUAGCUCAUUAGAAGAAAAUGGAGAGGUCUAUGAUGAAGGGGUGAGGGUGUUAGAAUCUUUUUUCAAACAACUUGGUGUAUCUUGUUGAUUGUACCUUUACUUUGAUAUGUUACAUGGGCUGAUGGACAAAUGUGUGUUCAACAAUUAAACUUUUUGUUUUAUUGAACCCAACUUUUGGUUCACCUGAGAUAAGGGUAGUAGUAUCAACAUGGGAUGAUGCAUUCUAUUGUUCAUAGCAAGACGUGGGUUUACGCAUUCUGUUGUUAUGGCAAGGCAAUAUAUUGACCUGCAAGGUGGUGGGGGUAGAAUCAGACUGGAAGGCAUCUGGCAUGCACAGUUUUGAAGUGCAGGGAAUGCUUCUGAUAUAUGAAACUACGGGGCAUCAACUUUGAGGUAGUCUUCCUCUUGUUCAUUACAUGCAAUCUGUUAAGUUCUGCCUCUUCUCUAAUUACAUUCAUAGUGUGAUUUUGGUUUGCCUUCCGUGAUUAGGAAGAUUGCUUAGUCACUCUACUUCUUGUGUUUCAUUUUAAUCAUCAACGUAUUUUUUCCAAAUUAGUCUCCGAAAUUUAAUUAUUUGAUUUAGGCAUUCUGUCUUCUUUCAUAUUGAGAAUUAAUGGAAAUGAUUGCGUGGCUUGAAAAAUCCAUAGGUGCAUUAUUUUUAUCAUCCAACUAGUCAAAAAUGUGUCUUGUGGGACUAGUCAUGCUAUUGUCCUUUAUAUGAAGUGCAUUUGAAAAGCACCUCUUGUCUAGUUAUCCUCUUUUUGCAUGGAUUUAAUGUGUGACAAUAAAUUUCUGUUAGCCAUGUCAAGAUAUCCAUUAUUGGGUUACUGCUUUCUUUUCCCCUAAGUUGACAAUUCGUGAAUUAAAUGUUAAUUUCUGGAUGAAGCUGCUUUGCCUGGAUUUCAAGAUCUGGUCUUUGCAUGCUCUGCCAUUGUUGGAAGAGUUUUGGUUAUUCGAAGUGUUGGAAAAAUAUUGAUGGUGAUAUUUGCCCGUUGAUUUCCCCAAUACCUCUUAUAUAAGGAGGGUUCUUCAUGAAGUUUGACGCUGAAACUGCCUUGGACCGUACCUCAGAUGCAACCCGAAGGAUUAGUCAUUUGAGGUAUGCACUUUACCCGAGGAAAGUGUCUGUGUGGCUUCUGUGUUGUAAGCAUAGACUAUAAAUAUCGUAAUACUUCAGACAUGGUAUUAUAACAGCUUUGACAUGCAAGUACAACCAGCUUUCCUUUUGAUUAGCACCUUGUUUCAUGGCAUCUAACUGGAGUCUGCAAGUUGCUGAUCAUUGAUGGCAGUAAAAGAUCAAACCUGAUCCAUUUAUGCUUGAAAAUGCAAUAUUUUUGUUACUUAACCAAUCACCAUCGGUAUUGGAAUGUAACCUUUUUCUUUUUCAUUUUUAUUUCUAGAAUUAUAUUAUAAUCUUCCUAUUUUCCCCUUUAUACAAGUAGAGGCUUCAUGAAGA